AUGCGUGUGCGCCAGAUGCUCAACCAGACCCUGCUGGCCAACCGCCGUAGUGCGGCGCGCCUCCUGCUGCUCCUGCAGGAGGCCAACCUCCAGCAGGAGGCGCGGCUCCAUCUGCAGUGGGAGGAGUCUCUGGGCCGCUGGAGGCGGAGCCGAGCCGACCAGGUGGUGCAGGACUUCAGGUCGGUGCUGGCGAGCGUGGACGUGUGGCAGCUGCUGGCGGACCAGCCCGCCUUCCAGGAAGUGGCGCACAGCCUGCGGCGUCUGGCGCAACAACGCUGUGACAUCAUCGCCGGCAUCAGCGCCUUGGUCCCGCCCCUGCUGUCGGAGGCCCACGUGUCGGACUGGUUCAGCCGGCUGACAGCUGUCAAUCAGCACAUCGACAGCUGCCACUCUGACUUCCUGCAUCAGCUGCGCUGCUGCUACGAGCUGGUUUGGCGGGAGCGCCUGGCUCAGGUGCAGCGACACCAGGAGGCGCUCUCCUCUCUGGACCUAUCGGAGGUGGAAGUGGCGGACAUCGUCAAGUCUCAGCUCCUCACUCUGAUUGGUCAAUACCAGCGGCAGGAUGAAGGACAGCUGGCGACCAUCGACACGUGCUCAGACGGGUUGUGGGCGGCGUCCGCCAGGCUCAGCAGGCGUGUCUUCGUGGUGAUGCGCGCCUUGGCCUCGCUGUGGGAGGAGCACAGCGCCAAGCUGCUGCGCCAUGAGGAGGACAUCCAGCAGCGGCUGGACGAGCUGAGGGUGGCGCAGGAGAAACACGUGCAGAGAAAGAAAGUCUACCUGGACGAGAUGCUGGCCGGACUUCGCCAGGAGAGCAGCGAGGCGGCCCUGAGGAAGUAUCUGGAGCAGACCGUGCACUACCUGAGCAACCUGAGGGAAAGCUGCGGCGAGUGCGUCUCCGAUCAGCGCCGCGUGUUGGACCGCCUCCCGCACAUCUAUGUGGCCGAGCUGGACGUCUACAGCGGACACCUGAGCGACUUCUUCCGCCUCAGCCACGCCUUCACCCCGACUGCCGAGGAUCUACGGAAACUCCCGCCAGUCGACGACGACGACGUUGCCAGCGCCGCAGAAGGCGGGACAACAGCGGCGAGUCCAAUCAGCAGUCAGAGUGCCGCCGAGCCUGAGCCGUCCUCUGAUUGGCUGACGGAGGUGAGCUCACCUGCCAUUGUUGAUGGAUGA